ACCCGGAAGGGGAAUUCUUCCCUGGCAGUGCUGUUGAUGUUUUCAACCCGCUGCUCGUUCUGCGGCUAAGGGAACCGUCGCGGAAGGAUGGUGUGCGAAAAAUGUGAAAAGAAACUGGGUACUGUUAUCACUCCAGAUACAUGGAAAGAUGGUGCAAGGAAUACCACAGAGAGUGGUGGAAGAAAGCUGAACGAAAAUAAAGCUUUGACCUCAAAAAAAGCAAGAUUUGAUCCAUACGGAAAAAAUAAGUUCUCCACUUGCAGAAUUUGUAAAAGUUCUGUGCACCAACCGGGUUCUCAUUACUGCCAGGGCUGUGCCUACAAAAAGGGUAUCUGUGCGAUGUGUGGAAAAAAAGUUUUGGAUACGAAAAACUACAAGCAAACAUCUGUCUAAAUGUAUUAAUGAUGUUUCUGCCUGUCUAUGUGACUUUACUUUUUGCUUUGAAUUUUUAAGGCAUAACAUAGAUGUUCAAGUUGCAAAAUAACAUGUUUUAAGACAACUUUAAACCAGGGAUGUUAAUUUCUGUUCAUUCUUUUGCUCUUAAGUUCUUAAUAGCAACGGUAUAACUAGUUCUCUGCCAUAAAUUAUUAUUUUCCUUACAAGCAUCUUAUCGAAUUGGAAUAAGUGGCAAAUUUAACGAAAAAAAUAUUGCCCCAGUUCUGUA